CAAAACACGGAAGCAUCCGUCGUGAAAGACAAACACAAGGUGUAUGCCAAUGCGGUGGACAAAACAACUGCCCAGGAGGUCCAGCUGGUGCUCCGGGAGCUCCCGGAAUCCCUGGAGAGCCUGGAAAACCAGGCGCUAGAGGACCACCAGAAAAUUCUAGGACAACCUGGAAUUCUUCCAAUAAUACAAGAAGAGGGAAGUGGAAGCUGCAAGGUCUGUCCCCCUGGUCCAGUUGGUCCUCCAGGACCACCGGGAACACCAGGACCUCCAGGUGGAAAUGGCCAGCCCGGAAAUCCUGGAAUGGAUGGACCACCAGGAGAGAGAGGAGCAGCAGGAAUGGCUGGUAUGCCUGGAGCUCCUGGUCCUAAUGGACCUCCUGGCCCGCCUGGUGAGGCAGGACGCGAUGGACAAGAAGGAGGACAGGGACCACCAGGCCCACCAGGACAGCCAGGACCACCAGGAAGUGGUGGACAGAAUGGAGAACCCGGUAGACCAGGACCACCCGGACCUCCCGGUCCUGGUGGCGAGACUGGAAAUCCUGGAGAGCCAGGAAUGGCUGGUCCUGCUGGUAAUCCAGGCAGAGGUGGACAACCUGGACAGCCCGGAUCCGAUUCGUUGUAUUGCCCUUGUCCAAAAAGAUCGCACGCCCUUGAGGCGAGGACUCAGGCAAAGAAAGCAGCAGCGAAAGUUGUGAAGGCUGCGAAAGCUGCAAGAGCGAAAGCGGCGAAGAAACACUGA